AUGGGAGAACUCGUAGAAUAUAGUCCGAAAGAGGAUAUCGAAUCGGGAGACAACAUUCACCAUCGUUGUCAUCCUUUGCACAUAACCUGGCUGUCUGGGUUCAAUCCCCGCGUUCCUUUGCUUAACGUUAGUACAACCCGUGACCGGAAGGAGCUUGUGCUUGCAUCAGGAAACACGCUUCUGUUCUACUGCUACGAUGGAGAACGGGAAAAAAUUAUGCCAGUUGUUGGACACAAAAAUGUCGUCAACAUGAUCGGAUGUGAGGAAACUGGACGUUUUGUUGUGAGUUCCGACUGUUCGUACGCCAUCAACGUUUGGGACCGACAAGUUGGAGGAGACAACAAUCUACCUCCGAUUGCUAUAAGGACCAUAUUUGAGCCUUUCAAGUCGAAAGGUGAAAUUGGGGCCAUUUCGUUGAGCCGUGAUGGGAAGUUUUUGCUAGCAGGUGGUGGAAUACCUACCGAGCAGGGAAGUCAACUGAAGCUGUGGUCUUGGACGGUUGGAAACGAUUUCCCGGAUGGUACCAUCACACUCCCAACACGGCUAGGACGCAUCAAAAACAUUCAUUUCUGUCCGGAUCGUGGCUGUCGCAAUCAGUUUGUCGUAACACUAGAGAGUGGAGUAGCAUUCGGUGCAUGGGACAGUAAGGAGCAGAAACUAACCAUUCAGGUCCCAAAGAGGCAUGGUUUCCAAGAUUACAACGAUACCGUGUUUGUGGAGCAUACGGAUCGAGCCGUAUCCGUUACUGGAGCGGGUAUGGCCGUGCUCUGGAGCAAUGAUCGCAAGCUUUCUGACGGAGCCGAUGGAAGCGUUUUGCGGAAAGAGUUUCUCAAGUAUCUUCACCUGAAGUACGCUUCAAUCAACGUGGUGCGGUCGUGUGAUGAGAAAAUCGUUACCGGUGAUGAUGAUGGGGAGAUACGGUUCUACGACAACUCGAUGAAAAUUUUGUACUGGGUCAAGCAAGAAGAUCUGGAACCGAUUCGAACUUUAUCGUUUGAGCUGGUAAAAUCACACCAAUGGAAGUCGGCAUCAGAUCCGGACGAAGAAGAUGAUCAACCAUCAAAAGAGGAACCAACCGAGAAGAAGGUAGAAUUAAACAUAGAGGACAUCGCUCCGAAGGACGUCUCCUUUGAGGCACGACCGGUGAUCGUGCGCGGAUUCGUAUCAGCUACCAAGUCGGGCAAGAUCUACGACAUCGACAUUGUGUAUAACAAAAUCAAGGAACUGUUUCUACAGUCUCCGAGCAUCAUUACGGCUUUUGCUGUGCAUUCUGCGAGAUCUGAGCUAUGCACCUGCGAUGGAAAUGGCCGCUUUGUGGUGUACGAUUUUCAGACGAAAUCGAAGAGAUUAGCGCUCGACGUACCGAUACAGCGAACUCGGCGGGGACGCAUCACCACUCUAUCCUAUUCACCAUGUGGAACAUUUUUGGCCGGUGGUGCCGAGAAUGGAUUCCUUUGGAUGGUGGAACCGAACUUGAUGAUCCUCGCUGGUAGCGGUCCUUUACAGUUUACCAGCGAAAAGCUACGGUCGGUUUUGUUUUCGGAAGACAGCAAGCAUAUCGUUUGUGUGGAUGAAAGCAAUACGAUCACUCUUGUCGCUCGUGUGAAGGAUGAUUGGCAGUCAGUAGGGCGAUGCGUAAGCCAUAGAUUAGUAGAUUUAGCGUUCCUUGGUGCGGCUGACUUUAUCUCCAUCGGCGAGGAUCGAUAUAUGGUACAGUACACGAUUAAUGCCGAUGAGAUGGUACAGCUAGAGGCCCUGUCGAUUGUGAACAGGAAACGGAUUGAGCAGUCCGCAUUUCCAACAGCACUUUUAAUCCUACCAGGCGGGAACCAGAUUUUGGUAGCAAAUGAUCAGCUUAAGUUCAAAAUAUUCCAUGCCAGAACCUUGGAGAUACUGCAAACGUUCUUAGCUCCUUUUCAUGAUGGUCCAGCACGCUUUCUCCGGCAUCUUCCUGGAGAGGAUUAUUUCCUGUUCAUCACCAACAGUAACAUCUAUCUGCAUCAUCUUCCGAUCGAUGGGAACCCGUUCAAAUAUCUUGCUGUUCGAGGACACCCAAAGCGGCUGAAAGGAUUGCAAGUUGCCUGGACAGUACGGAGUGCCUUUACGUUUGGGGAAGGCGAUCAUGCAGUUAGCAUGUGGAAGAUUAAUACUAGUCCUUUGUUGGAUAAUAUAAGGCAUGCAGGAACGGGCCUAGAUCCUUUCUGUACGCUUCUUCCGGGUGGUAAGAAAGGGUGCUAUGUCCGUGAGAUACUGAGCCUGUUCUUCUACAAUCAAAUAUCCCCAAAGAAUAGUGAUGGCGAUGCGGAACUUACGCUCCGCGAUGCGAUGAACAUCCAGGACGUACCGAACUACAUGCGUAGCAUUGGAUUCCACAUGACUGAGUACGAGGAACAAAACCUUCGCAAAGAGAUGGAACUUACCGGAACAUACUUUCUUACGUUUGAGGAGGUGUUGAAGCUUUUCCUGAACCAUCGUACCGCCACCGGUGGACCACCGAACACGGAGGAUAUUAGGACAGCUGUCACGUAUAUCGGGGCCACUACAUCAUCCGGUGAGAAAGUAGAUCUGGUACGGCUCAUUACACUUCUAGCUAGUAUGGGCGAGCCGAUGGAUCCGAAGACAACGGAAGCGUACUGUAGAAUUCUCUUCCCGUCCGCUUUCGAAACCGAUAAUCAGGAUGAUGAUGCGGUACCAGAGUGUGGAACUGCUGAAGACUGCACCAACUGUAUCAGCAUCGACGAGUUCGCUGACAAGCUCUGCUGA